CCAACGCGCAACCGCCAAUGUCGAGCGGCGCCGUGGUACGUCGUCGGCGCGAGGCCAAGCCGCGCCGGCGCGACGAGACCGACGAGAGCUCCGACUCGAUGGUGGAGCAGCCGGCAACGGGCUGGCGCGAGCCGCGCUGGGACUUUACGACCAAGGCCAAGGACGUCACGUUGCUCGUCGACGAGGACAAGGCCAAGAAGUGGCAGAGCUUCAAGACGCGCACGAUCUACACGCUGCUCAUGAUCGUGGCCUUCCUCGGAAUCGUCUUUGGCCUCAAGCAGCCGGGCUGCUGCGCGCUCGUGUUUGUGCUGCAGGCCAUCAUGUACGGCGAGCUCGUCGCGCUCAUGUUCAAGCACCAAGUCGAGAACGAGAUGCCCAUGUUCCGGCGGCUCUACUACUACUGGUUCCUCGUCUGCACCUUCUUUGUCUAUGGCCGCGCGCUCAUGCCCCACUUUGAAGUCCACGAGUUUGAUCGGGUCUUUGGCCUCUACUUUCUCGAGAAGGGCUUUAUCGUGCAGCACCACACUGCGAUCUCGUUUGCCUUGUACGUCGUCGGCUUUGUCUCGUUCGUCUUUAGCCUCCGGAAGCGCAAGCACUACAAGUACCAAUUCUCGCAGUUUGCCUUCUGCCACGUCGCGCUGCUCAUGAUCGUCGCGCAGUCGACGUUUAUGAUCUCCAACAUGUUUGAAGGCCUCAUCUGGUUCCUCCUUCCGUGCUCGCUCAUCAUUGUCAACGACGUCUUUGCGUACAUUUUCGGCUUCUUCUGGGGCCGGACGCCGCUGAUUCCCAAGCUGUCGCCCAAGAAGACGUGGGAGGGCUUUAUUGGCGCGUACGGCGCGACCGUGCUCUGGUCGAUGGGCUUUUCCCGCUUCAUGGCGCAGUACGAGAUGAUGGUGUGUCCCCAGGUCGGCUUCCACCUUGCGUUCAAGAGCUGCACGCCCGCGCAGAUCUUUGUGCCACUGCCGCUUCAAGCGUACCCAACGCUGUCGCAGUACGUGCCCGAGAUGCUUCACGACGUGACCAUUGCGCCGAUCCAGUACCACAUGGUGUUCUUCGCCAUAUUUGCGUCGAUCGUCGCGCCGUUUGGGGGCUUCUUUGCGUCCGGCUUCAAGCGCGCGUUCAAGAUCAAGGACUUUGGCACGAGCAUUCCGGGCCAUGGCGGCGUCGUCGACCGCAUGGACUGCCAGAUCAUCAUGGGCAUGUUUACGUUCGUGUACUUUACCAACUUUAUCCAGCGUCCGGACCGCGUCUCCAACAUAUUGCGCGUGCUCGAGCGCUUGACGAACGAAGAGCAGCUCGUCGUCUUCCAAAAGUUUCAACACUUGCUCCUCGAAUCGGGCAUCUUGGACUAGAGUCGAGGUCGUAGUAGCAAAGGGUUGCGCCACAUAAGAGCUCAACACGAUGCAUUGCGUGCGGAA